UCUAUAAAGGAGAAGGACAUAUUUCAAGUAAACAGUUUUUUCUUAGCUUUUUAAGUCAGCAUUCCUAAGGUAUAAUUUACAUAAAGUAAAUGUACCAAUUUCUGUAUAGUUUAGUACUUUUUUGCAAAAGAACAGACACUGGUAAUCAUUACAGUCAAGAUAUGGAACAUUUUUGUCACCUUAAAAAACUGUCAUUCCUGUUUGCUGUCAAUCCCUACCUUAACCCUCAUGCAAAUAAAAACUUGAAGAACUUGAUAACUGGGUUUAAGUUUUUUCCCAGUCAGAAACAUUUUCUUAUGUCUCAUGCAAAUCAUAAACUAGUCCAUUGCAGAGUCCCACAUGAGAGAAUAGUUAAUAGCAGCACAGGACUGAAGAAGCAGAGAGUGUGGCUUUAAGAUCAGGGUGUUGGCAGAUAUGAAAUGUAGAAGAAUAAAGGGUAGAAAAGAUUUCUUAGGUUGUGGGACAGUGAUGGAGUGACAGAUGUGGCAUAACUUUUAGUUUGAAAAGAACUAUGAUCUAGUUGCAAGAGAUGAAAAUAAACUAUUCCUUGAUGUUCUAUAGGCAGAAAAGAUGGAGCUAGAAAACGGCACGAUGGUGAAAGAAUUCAUCCUUCUUGGUCUCACCCAGUCCCAAAAUGUUCGGCUCCUGGUCUUUGUGCUGAUCUUAAUUUUCUAUCUCAUUAUCCUUCCUGGAAAUUUCCUCAUCAUCCUCACCAUCAGAUCAGACCCUGGUCUCACAGCCCCCCUCUACUUCUUUCUGGGCAACUUGGCUUUCCUGGAUGCAUCCUACUCCUUCAUUGUGGCUCCCAGGAUGCUGGUGGACUUCCUCUCUGAGAAGAAGGUAAUCUCCUACAGGGGCUGCAUCACUCAGCUCUUUUUCUUGCACUUCCUUGGAGGAGGGGAAGGGUUACUCCUUGUUGUGAUGGCCUUUGACCGCUAUAUCGCCAUCUGUCGGCCUUUACACUAUUCCACAGUCAUGAACCCUAGAGCCUGCUAUGCCUUGCUGUUGGCCCUGUGGCUUGGAGGCUUUGUCCACUCCAUUAUCCAGGUGGCCCUCAUCCUCCACUUGCCCUUCUGUGGCCCAAACCAACUGGAUAACUUCUUCUGUGAUGUGCCACAGGUCAUCAAGCUGGCCUGCACAGACACCUUCGUGGUGGAGCUUCUAAUGGUCUUCAACAGUGGCCUGAUGACCCUCCUGUGCUUCCUGGGGCUUCUGGCCUCCUAUGCAGUCAUCCUUUGCCAUGUACAUGGGUCUGCUUGUGAAGGGAAGAGCAAAGCACUGUCCACAUGCACCACUCAUAUCAUUAUUAUACUUCUCAUGUUUGGACCUGCCAUCUUCAUCUAUACUCGCCCCUUCAGGGCCUUACCAGUGGACAAGGUAGUUUCCUUCUUCCACACAGUGAUCUUUCCAUUGAUGAAUCCUGUGAUUUAUACCCUUCGCAACCAGGAAGUGAAAUCCUCCAUGAGGAGGUUACUGAGUCGGCAUGUUGUCUGCUGAAUAGAUUUUAUAAAAAGAAGUCAAGAAGAGGGAAUUCUUGCUAUAAACCAUACAUUCAUUAACAAAUACCUUUUUACUGAGUACCUCCCAUUUGUCAGGUACUAUUGUGGGCAAUGAGGGAGAGUUAUACAUAAUUAGGGAAUAAGCUUGGUAUGCCUAAAGAAUAUAAAACAAACACCUGAAUGGUUGGAACAUGAUGAAUACUUAUGAGAGAUUUAAGGGUUAAAUUUUAUGUGACUGUUAGGGUCAAAUCACUAAGGUCUAUUAGGCUGAGAUAAAGAAUUUUAUUUUAUUCUAAAUACUGUAAAAAAUACAUGUUAACAUUUUAAGCAAGAGAGUCACUCAUCCACAGUUGUUUCUUCUGUGGUUUAGAGCAACAUCAGGAUUCUGGGCAGAGAUCAAUAAGUUGCAAA